AUGGAGACUGGAUUGACGAUCCCCACGCCUCCACGAGCUCAAGCGACGGCGAGAACACUGCAGAAGGGACACGACUGUGAGCGCCAGGUCUCGCUGCUAACAGCACUAGGAACCGCCGCUGUUGUUGCUGACAAGCAAACGAAGGCUCCUAAACGCUUUCACUACUACAUACCGUUCGUUGGUGCUGUCUGUAAGUACGCAUUCGAGAAUGCAUACGAGAUAAGCCACCGCACGCUGCAUCUCUAUCGCAAGCGCAUGCAAGACGGAUGGAUAUCGGCAAACAGCAUGGCAACGCAGUCAAUACGAAUGAGGCUGCAAUUAACGAGGCCUUAG